ACUAGACGCCUGACGCGUUGUUUUAUGAAUUGUGUGUGCGUGACUGAUCGCGUAAUGUCCAUAUUUUAUAUAUUUGGAGAACUAGGAUCACGGUUAAGUAUUCAAAAAUAAGUAAAAAUAAGCAAUGAGCAUAACAGUAGCGUUAAAUACAGAAAAUAGUAAUGGACGGCUAACUAUAGGCGUACCAGCACACGAAAGCUGUGACGAUUGUAAUAGUAUUGACAUGGCUGAAUUUGGCCACAAAAAUAAUGAACAGCUUCAAAAAGUUUGCAAUCAUCAGUUCAACCAAAAGAGCAAAGACUGCUGUUGUGAUCUUUGUGAUCUUAUGAGCAACAAUAAUUUAAAUGAUAGUAGUGAAAAUAAAAAGUGGGAAGAAAAAUGGAGUUCCUUAAUGAAUUAUAUUCGUUCAGUUUAUAGAAUGGCUAUGGAUGGUGUUGAAAUAGACCGAUAUCCAAUUCAUAAAAUAUUCAGAGAAGCAGCUGAUGAAUCUAAGAGUUGUGAUUCUUAUCAUGUUUUUCAAAAUGUUGAAAAUCUUGUAAUGGAGUUUGUAUUAGAAGCAAGAGCAAAACAAGUACAUAUUCUUGAGAAAAAGAAUAAAGAUGCUCCAGAAUUACCACAAGUGUUUGUUUUUUGUUUAUUAGAUAGCUAUAGAAAAUUAAUGGCAGCUGCAGAUCAUUUAAAGGAGGUUCUAAAACCUCUUGAAGAUCAUCAUUUAUCAAAAUUUAAUUUAUCUUGGAGAAUGAUGAAUCAGUAUUUAUAUCAUAGCCGACUUUAUGCAGAUAGAACUAUCUAUCAUCUAGUGACUGCUUUUAUUGAACAAAUUUUAGCAACACCUAUGUUAGCCAAUUCAACACUUAGUUCUAAUUUAAUUCAUGACUAUAGUAAUUUUGUCAAAGAAGUAAAACUCAAUAUAUCCGAGUGGGCUGAGGCAAGAACAUGUAUUCACAAUGUUAAGUGCAAUGAAGUUUGGGCAAUUGGCACAAAAAAAUAUAAAGAGUCAGUUCUAAAAGAGAGCAAUGGAUUAGACCCACCAUCACCAACAUCAGAAAUUUCAGCUUGUUCAGAAAAUUCAAUAAAUAUGAGAAAUAGUUCUACUCCUAAUACACCUCCGCAGUCACCAACUCCUGAAUUUAAGGAAAAAUUUUAUAAUGAAGAAUAUGAAAAUUUAGAUGAAGAUGAAGGUUCGAGUUAUUGUGAUUGCUUACGAGAAGCCUCUGUUGCAGAAGAAUCAAAACAAAGUAUUUCAGAGUUAGAAUUAUUUGCUCACAAUGAAAAAUGUAGAAACCAUCCAAAAAGUGCUGCUAUAUAUUCUAUGGAUUCAUUUUCAUAUUCUAAUAUUAAAGAGAAGAUGGCCAAUUUCUAUGGAAUAGAUUUUAUAAAUAAUAAAGAUGAACCUAAAGAUAGUACAGUUAAUCAGUUUGUGAACAAAAUAAACAAGUUAAAAGGGUUUGAAGGCAAAAUAGAACCCCAAAUUAAAUCAAAUUCUAUUGUAAAUUCUAAAUAUGUAUCAACAAUGGAUAAAAAUUCACCUUGUUCUGUAGAACAAUUUUCUAAAAAAAGAUAUCCAUAUCCAAGUAUUAAUAAACCUUCUGAAUCUUCUACAAAAUCUAACAAUAAAUCAUCGUCCCAUGGACAUGCAUGUCAUAAACAUACUGAACAUACUAAAAGAAUGCAACAUCAUCAUGAUGAAGCUUUAGAAACUAGUUCAGCGCGGUCAAGUCAAGAUGAUAAUUGCUCAGAGAGAUCAACUUCUAGUCCAAGACAGUGCGAUUGUUGUUAUUGUGAAGUAUUUGGACAUGGAGUACCUUCUAUGGCACCAGUAAGCCGAAACUAUCAAGAAAUGAGGGAUAGAUUAAGAAAUCUGUAUCUUUUAAAAAAAGCAAAACAGACUGUUCACUCUUGUAAUGAUACUGCAAAACCACAUCAUAAACAAACUAGUACACAAAAUAUUUCUGUUAAUUUAUCAAAUCAAUCUCUUCAGACAAAUGAUAAAUCUGGUCCUGUAAAAAUUAUUCAACAAAAAAAAGGAAUAGAAGUCAAUCCAUCGAAUAGUAUUAAACCUAAAGAUGUUCUAAAAUAUCAAAAUAAUGAACAGGGAAUAUUUAAUAAACCUAUUGAUGAAUUAGUAAAUUUUAUUGAAGGCAAUAAAGCAGUUAAUCAAAAAAGAGCUGCAAAAAAAGCUAGAAGACGUGAAAAAAAGGAAGAGAUGGAGAGGAAAAAGAAAGAAGAAGAAGAAGCUGAAAGAAAAAGACUAGAAGAAGAAGAAAGAAAAAAAGAAAUAGAAAGAUUAAAACGUGAAGAGUUAUUAAAAAAAGAAAGAAAGAGAAAUAAAAACUUUAUUAAACAACAAAAACAAGUAAUAACAAGUAAAGGUCAUCAGCAAAAAAAACAACAGUCAUUAGAUCAAACUUUAAAGAAAAAAAAUAAACAGCAGCAAAAUAAAAUAAAGGACAUACCUCUUAGUAAAAAUGAAAAAAAUACUCAUCCUGAUACAACAGAUGGUGCUAAGAUGGUAACUAUUAAAAGAGAUUCUGAUAGUUCUAAAGUAACUAUUACAUUUAGAGGUGCUGUAGAAGAUGAUGUUUUAUGUACUCUUUAUGAUAAUGAAGCUAUAAAAACCAUUCAACGGCUUUGUGAUCAAGGUAAACAAUCACAUAACCAAACUGAAGAAAAAUUAAUAAAAAAAAGAACUAGAAAUCGUAAAAAAAAACAAAUUGAAAAAAAUGAACAUCAAACACAAUGUCCUCCAGCCGAGAGUGUAAUAAUUACAAAUACAAAUGCCCCAAAAUUACCUUCAAAUAUGAAUUGGUAUUGUUCUCCAGAUGUUAAUAUUACACCAGUCACAAACAAUAUUAAUCCAUCUCAAUCUCAACAAAAUACAGUUCUCAUUAAAAGAAAUAAUACCACUCAAUUAUUUACUCGACCAUCACCAAUACCAUCACAACCUUUACCAUUAACUAGUCCUACUGCCAUUCAAAUUAAUGAGGCUGUUAAUAAGAUUUCUUCAUCUUCUACACCUAUCGAUAUUGAAAAGCUACAGCUACCCCCUGGAAUCACCAUAACUAAACUUGAUCCUAGUGAUUACAAACCACCUAGAGAUAUCCAACAAUCAAUUGAAAAACCUAAAUCAUUACAAUUUUCAUCUGAGCCAACUUCUGUGAAUCCAUUUGACCUGCAAAAAAAUAAUCAUAAUAAUGUUAUUGUUGUAAAAACUGAUGGAUAUAACAGUGAGGAAUCUACAGAAAUCAAUGGUGGUUCUAAUAACAAACGAAACAGGCGUCGUAAAAAAAAUGGGUCUACUACAGAUGAAACUAAUACUGAAAAUAUUCAGCCAGGCGUUACUAUAAUUAAUCAAUCAUUUAUUAGAGAUACUCACAGCAAUGAAAAUAAAAUUGUAUCUGGACAAGUACCAUCUAGUUUAUCACGAUCUUCUUUACCAUUGCCAGUAAUUAUCCAAAGACAUGGUGGUAUGGUCACUAUAAGAAAUCCUUUAUAUCAACGCAAUGAUGAUUCAGUAAUGAUGGAAGCACAAGACACCAUAGAAGUUACUCCUGAUGAUAAUGAAUCAAAUUCUUCAACUAAAAAAAAACGUAGACGUCGUCGUGUGAAAGGAGGUUCUAAACGUACUGAAAUUGAGGAAAGUGUGUUCGAACCAAAAGAUAUUGAUUUGGAAGAUGGAGAAAUGGAUGAUGAAGAACGAGAAUUAGAAGCAUUUAAGAGGUUUUGUCUUCAGUCAGUGCCACCUCAACGUAAGGAAAAAGUACACUUGAAUAUCAAGGAUAUAGUUUUAAAGAAAAAAAACUCAACAUCAGCUGCAGUUGGUUGUGUUUAAUUUGAAUAUACUUUUCAUGUAUUAUUUGGUGUAGCAAUGGCUACAGAUUUUAAAUAUACUGAAAAAACUGUAUAUUUUACAGAAAUAAAUGCCACCUUUUUUUAAAAGGCUUCA